AUGGUUGUUGAUACUGCGUAUUACGAAAUCCUAGAGGUUUCGACCGAUGCGUCGGAACUGGAUAUCAAGCGGGCCUAUCGUAAGAUGGCUAUUAGACAUCACCCUGACAAGAACCCGGAUGAUCCAACUGCUCAUGAACGGUUCCAGGCUAUUGGAGAAGCUUAUCAAGUACUGAGUGAUCCCGACCUACGUAAAAGAUACGAUCAAUUUGGUAAAGAACAAGCAGUUCCAGAUGCUGGUUUCGAAGACCCAGCUGAGUUUUUCACGACGAUUUUCGGAGGUGAAGCGUUUGCAGACUUAAUUGGCGAAAUUUCGCUUAUAAAAGAUCUUACCAAGACUAUGGAAAUCGCUUCUUUAGACGACGAUGAAGACGAUCUUGUUACCGGUGAAAAGAAAUCCGAAGUCAAGGCCGAUGCUGAGAAGACGUCGACUCCUGGCGCCGGUGGUUCCGGAUUGUCCCCUACAGCAGCUGCUGAAGCCAGUCCUCUUAACAGCGCAUCUACCAAGACAGGAGGUCAUUCUCCUAGUGGAAGUGCUACUACAGCCACCAGCCCGUUUCCUAAUGUUCAAUCUCCACAACCGUCGUAUGGAGCGGCUGAAGCUAGACCAGCUGCUACUUCACCACUUCCAGGAACGAAAUCUGGAAAAGGUACACCAGUUCUGGCUGCUAUUACAGCCGGACCAGAUAGCGAUGCUCAUUCAACUGCUUCAUCUUCAACAGCUACUGAAAAGAAAAAGGAGAAAAAAGACAAGAAGUCGAAGAAUUCGCUUUCUAAAGAGCAGAAAGCCGAGCUUGAACAGUAUGAGAUCGAGCGUCAAAAGGCCAAAGCCGAGCGUCUUGAGACCCUGAGAGUGAAACUUAUUGACCGUAUCUCGGUUUGGACAGAGACCGGCAAAGACGAUGCAGUCACUUAUGCAUUUAAAGAAAAGACCCGUCUCGAGGCUGAGAACUUGAAAAUGGAGUCGUUUGGUAUCGAGUUGUUGCAUGCCAUUGGCCAUACUUAUUACUCAAAGGGCUCAACACUUUUAAAGUCGCAAAAGUUCUUAGGAAUCUCUGGGUUUUUCAGCAGAGUUAAAGAGAAAGGAACUCUUGCCAAGGAUACCUGGAACACCAUUUCCAGUGCGUUAGACGCACAAUCGUCGUUGCAAGAGAUGGCUCGUGCUGAAGAGAAAGGUGGAGACGAAUGGACUGAAGAACGCCGUGUUGAAAUGGAACGUACUUUACUAGGUAAAAUCCUGGCCGCUGCAUGGAACGGAUCACGUUACGAGAUCCAAUCGGUGCUUCGUGAGGUGUGUGAUCAAGUUCUGUACGACAAAUCUGUGCCCAUGUCGAAGCGAUUAGAACGAGCACAAGCGCUAGUCAUCAUUGGAUCCAUCUUCAAAUCGACAGUACGCACUGCCGAAGAGGCGGCCGAAGCACAGAUGUUCGAAGAACUAGUGGCCGAGGCUGCUGCCAGCAAAAAGAAGAAGAAAGACAAGCACCAGCACCAGACGGCCGCCGAAAAGUCUGCCGACGCCGCCAGUGCCGCUGCCAGCGCCGCUGCCUCGCACUGA